AUGGAAGACUUCAGAUACAUUGAAGAUGAGACAUUUCCAAGCUUCUUGGCUAACUCACUAACUAGUCGCACCAGUGAAAUUUGGGACAAUAUUACAAUAGCAUCAAACUUUGGUUUGCCAGUUGCUGCUUCAACUGAAGCCAGACAGAAAACUGGCUGUCAUGAAAGGCUUUGCGAUCAAGCAUCUUAUGUGGAAGAGAGAUUGUCUGUUCAGCCACCCUUGUCAAGCAGUGGUGAAUCUGCCUCUGAUCCAAGGAGGAAGCUUGCACUUAUCUUACAGGAUACAAUAGGCAACUGUAAUAAACCUGUAGAAACACUCUUGGAAUCAGUCCAGAAAAAAGAAUCUAAUUAUUUGCAGAGAAUUAAAAGCCAAAACUGCAAUGAUGAAUGCUUGGAUAACAGUCAGGAUGUGCUGUGUGAUAUUCCCCUUGAACAUCUGGAAGAUUUAACCACUGGAAUAUGUUCCUUUUCAGGAAGAAAGAGUCAAGAUGGCAAGUUUUCUUCAUUUAAACCUAGUCAGAAAUGGACCAAAAAUACAGCAGGUGACAAUGAUAUGAUCGGCUUCUCCAGCUUAAUAGAAAAUGAAAGACUAUUGACCUUUGCAAGCUUAGAAGACCAUUCCUCAGAGGAUGAUAUUGGGGAGGAAGAGUUCUGUGAUGAUCAAUUGGAGUCCUACUUUGAGAAACUGGCACUGCCUGAAAUGCAAGUGGAUGAUAAUGAAGAAGAUGAACAUGACAAAUGUAUCAAAGCCAUGAUGGAAUUGCUUCCGGAAGAGGAAAAAUUCCAAGUACUUAAUAGUUGCCGAGCUGCAUCAAGAAUGGAGUCUCCUGUUGAGAGUGAUGAAGAUUUGCAUGAGUUUAUGGAAGCUGAACACAGUAAAAAAAAUCCAGCAAUUCAUGUUGCCCAUAGCAGCAAAGCAAGAGGUGAAAAUGAGUGCCUAGCUCUUGAACAGGGUCUGUUACAGAACUAUAAUUCUGAUAAACCUUCUGAAAUGGAAAGGAUCAUAUCCGAAAUACCUACUACAACAACAAAAGGUUCACCACUGGUCAGUUCUCAUGUAGUAGGCGUCCCUGGCUAUGGUAGUGAAGAUGGAACAGCCUUAAAAGCAAAUGCAUUCAACAAUGGCAGAAAUGUAAGAAAAGAUACUGACAAUCGGACUCCAUAUGUCUCUACUGAAGAUGCAUCUUAUUAUAAGGAUGUCCCAGACACAACCAGCUGUGCUGAACUAAAACUAGAUUCUCUAUAUUUUAAAUAUAUUGAUGGUAACAAUGCUGCUUCUGAGCUCUGGCACUCAGAGGAGCAAGCCCAGCGUUCUCAUCUGAAUCCAGUUGCUAACGAAAGCAGUGUUCCUUUAGCGGAGGAGUACCUAUCCCCAAGUGCUUGUCGGAGAUCAGACCAGUAUCAAGAUACUACAGAAGAGGAGUCAUCUCAUAACGUUGUAUAUCAAAAUGAAGAGGGUAGAUGGGUGACAGAUCUUGCAUACUAUACGUCAUUUAAUAAAGAACAAGUCUCCAAUCUUUUGAACACAAGUGAAAACUUCAUAGCUGGAUCUGAAGCAAUUGAUAUGAUUGCCAAAGAUCAAGAAGAAUUCGAGAGAGAGCACAGGUUCAUGCAGGAAGAGCAGAUCGAUUCACAAAAUACAUCUGGAUUAGGAGAUACGUCAUGGAAGUCAGUUAGUAGCUAUAGCGCACUAAGAGCUUCGCAAGCAGCAGACUUCAGCAAAGAUGCAAGCUUUUUACGGCUGUCUCUGGGAGAGUUUUUUGGUCAGAGAUCUGAGGCUCUUGGUUGCCUUGGAGGAGACGGUGAUGUGAAAAGACCAUCUUUUGGAUAUCAUAUUACUUCUCCAGAGAAGAGACAGCCUGUAGCUUUGCUUAGGGAAUCCAGUGUAUCCAGAGCCAACUCUGAUGAAUCAAGUCAACAGUUGUCUGACACUGUUCAAGGAAUCUUAGAAGACAGCAUUAAAGAGAAUCUGCAGACUGCAUCAGCGACGUUCAUUCUUGCUGAAAAGGACACGUCAGCUAGCAAAAAUAUAAAUAGAGAGAUGGAUACCAAAAGCAAAACUCAGGAAAAAACUGGAAAAAGAAAAGUUGAAAGCAAGCACCCUGAGCUAAGGCCACCUGUGUUGAGUAUAAGUACAAUUUCAUCUGCUAUUGCAAAUGCUUCUGUUAGUGCUGAACCUUCACAGUUAGCAGCUAUGAUAAUGGCACUUUUAAAUAACAGUAGAGAAAGAACCAAUAUUCUUGAAGCUGGCAAACCUGCAGACCUUUCUGUUAUCAGUCAGUUUUUAGCCAGCAAUGUAGAAAACAAUUCAUUUGAUAUGGAGAAGUAUCUUAAGAAAACUGAAGAUGAGAAUGACCCGAGGUUUGAAAGCCUCUUUAAUCAUGAGGACAUUAGCACAAACUGGCAUAAAUCGUUGUAUGAGCAAGAACAUAAAAUUAUUUCUGCAGAAGACUUGCCCAGAAGCAGUUUUUAUAACAAACAUGGAAAAGAGAAACAGCAUCUGGAAAGAGUGUUUGAUGAAAACUGUUCCAAAGACUCAUCUUGUGAUACCACUUCUUCCAAAAAGAAAAAUAGCACAGGAUCUCUGGACCCAUAUUUAGAAACAGAACAUAAUACGAAUGAUGACUUUCAGUCAAAGCAGAAGACUUUCAUUGUACCAGGUUCAAAAGAGAGAUCUGGGUGUGCAGAAGUGCUUUUGGAGGGGAGUGUAACAAAGAUGACAGGUGCUGCUCACUCUGAACCGGAAGAUAGAACUAGCACAAACACUUCAUCCCUGAACGUAAAGGCUGUUCCAGUAUUGGUUUCUCCUCUUCCUGCGUAUCCUCACAAGGAAAAGGUUACACAUGAAGUUCAGUGCAAAAACAAGCAAGAUGGAAGAGUCCUGAAAAAGAAUUUUGCAUGUACCAGUGAAAAACAUGUGACUUUUGAAAAAUCACCUAUUGAUAACCAGAAACUUGUUGGUGGAGCUCUUGUAGAGGCUGAACAGAAGCCUACAUCUCCUGUGCCUUGUAUGCAGAUUUCAGAUGAACAAUACAGCUUCAGGCCUUCAACCUCUCCUGUUACUCAUUCAUCUCCAAGCGAAACUUCUGGAACAACCCUUUCAGGAUGUGAAGUUGACGGUCCUUGUACAACGCCUGAUUUUAAGCAAUCAUCUUGCAGUGACAGUACAUUACCCCAGUCAGUAUGUUCUAGUCCUAGCUUGGCCCGAUUGACCUUUGUGUCUGCCUCUGAAAACACAAUUAAGAAUUUAGUUCUUUCUAGUCCAGAGAGAUGUCAGAGCGGUGAUGGUAAUGAGUUGAGCACAACAAUAGUUUGGGCGAGUCCACCCGCAGCGUUGGAGCAGGGCGCUGGGAAAAACCCCAUUGCUUUACAAACGAACAAAAGCCCCUCCCCAAGCACUACCCAAAGAAGUCUUACUAAGAAACUAGAGGCAGCUGAAUCUACAGAGCCUAAGAGCCAACCUGAGGACCAGAAAUCAUCAGCAGAAUGUUCAUCAAAAAGCAAAGAUCAGUUUGCAUGCUUUUGUCCUGACGUCGCACCUAGUAAUAAGGAACUCAGUCGGGCCGAUAUGCCUGUAACAUGCCACAGCUACACGAACACAGCACAUGGAGUAGGCUUACCCUCUCUAAGUAUGUUGCCGUCCUCCCAGGGCUUUGAUGGCUGUAUUCCCUUAAAUCAAAGGACAUCAAACUUGAAAUCCCAUAAUGCUGCUUCCGAGAUUCCAGCAGUGCCUUCUGUGAUGCCGACCUUGUUAACAGGUUGUUCCCUCAGAGCAACUCCAUUUGCCCAACAAUAUUUGGGAAAUUUGCCAUCAAGUGCAAAUAUUGCUGUGCCUCAGUAUCAUCUUGGUUGUCCUCAAGUUUUUGGUCUUCCCACGGGGCUGAUGUAUUCUAGCAUCCCUGUGGGUCAUGUUCAAAAUUCACUGUCUGCAGGAAUGGCCCUGGGUCCAGAUGUUAGAUCUGGAUUGUUGGGCGCAACUCCACAUUACGAGUUUACAUCCAACCUGCAUAUUCUUAAUAGCAAACCAGGGACAAUGCAAGUAGCUGAUGCUGCCGGACCUAGGCAGUGGGAAGCAUCUGUGCCAUUUCAAUUCGGCCAUGUGAAAGUACCAGAAGAAAUAAAAUUCUGCAAUGCUUGUUGUGUGGGGCUCACUUCACAAACCAUCCUUAGCAUUCUUAAUCCAUCUGAACGCUGGCUACAAGUCUGCAUUGACCUGCGUAGCAUUACUCUUAAUGGGGAAAAGAUGGAGCCUCUGAAACAUGGAUGCCUGCUGUUUAAGAACAAAACUAUCAUAGGACCAUGUACUACAGAAGAAAUAAAAAUACUGUUCUUACCUUGUCAAGCAGGAGUCUUCCAGUGUGUGCUCAGCGUUGCCUCUUGGCCGUUUUCUGCAGAUGCAGAGACUAUAGUCCAGGCAGAAGCAUUAGCAGCUCGGGUCAUCUUGAACGCAGUUGCUGAAACUCCUGAACUCGAGGUGGAAGUAAACCAACUUGACUUUGGUGAUCUGCCAUCUGGCAGCUGGAAAGCUCUCCCACUAAAACUGAUUAAUAAGACGCAUGCUAGAGUGCCCAUGCGACUUGUUAUCAAUGCAAAUGCUGUUGCAUGGCGCUGUUUCACGUUUUCCAAGGAACCUGUCAAUCUUCCCAUUGAAAGUACUGUCCGUACAUACAACAUGUCUCAACUAACAGCUCCUUCUGUGAUCUCCCAUGUCAUAAAUCCAAGCUAUAACGAACAGGAUCCUGAAGCUGUAGUAGUUUGGGUCCAGUUCCACGCACCAAGCAAACGCAUCUCUUCAGAUUGUUUGGGCCCACCAGAUGAAUACUUGGCAAGAAUUGAUGUGGAGGUUGAUUGUCCAGAGCCGAAUAACAUUUUAAGUAUUCCUCUGUUUGCAAGAUCCGGAACUCCUAGAAUAUAUGCCCCAAAGGGUCUGCAGACUUUAUAUAUGUCUGCAAGAAUAGGAUCAUCGGCAAGACAGCAGCUGCCUCUAAAGAAUGCUGGGAAUAUUAGAGUUGAUUUAAAGAUCACGGCACUGGAGCGAAGCAGCAGCAUCUCUGUUGAGCCUGAGGAACUGGCCCUUGUACCUGGGGAAGAACGAGAAGUGACAGUUCAGUUCUCUCCUAAGGACUGUAGAGAUGCUGAAAGCAUUGUGAAAAUUUUCGUACUGCCCUCUGGGCCAGAGUAUAAAGUGACCGUGAAAGCUGAAGCAUCUGCGGUGGAGAGCAGACUUUUGACACAAGCGUGCCACAACUCAGAGGUGCCCCCUAUCCUUGCGAACAAGCAGCUUGUGGCAUGGGGCGGAGUACAACUUGGCAGAACAGCUCAACAGAAAUUAAUUCUGAGAAAUGACUCUCAUACAACCCAGCAGUUACGAUUGUUGAUAAGGGGUCAAGAUCAGGACUGUUUUCAGAUGAAACUUGGAGAACACAUGUACAGCGACUGUGAAGUCAAAAUCCGACCCAAACAUGAUUACAGUGUGUCCUUAAUGUUUACGCCCUCUCAUUUAGCUUGCAUGCUGGCAAAGCUUGAAAUGAAACAGCUGGGUUUUCCUACUCGACGAGGAAUCAAGUUCACUAUACCGUUGUAUGGAUAUGGGGGCAAAAGCAGUGUGAUCUUAGAAAAUGUGAAAAAACACUGCAACAGAUACCUGGUGGAACUGAAUGAGCUGUCACCUGGGAAAACAAGCGUGAUUUCUUUCUCUCUAAGAAAUACUGGGUGUCGGGCUGCUUAUGUUAAGGCACUGUGUUUUAGGAAUUUCUGUGAAAGAAUUAUUAUGGAUCCAAAUAUGCUGAGGGUAUUUCCAGAGAAGUUUGUCCUUAAAGAAGCUGAGCAGCAGAAAGUUACAGUAACGUGCAACUCUACUGAAAGUGAACAAAAUAAUGCAUCAUUGUUAGCUACAAUUUGCUUCUUCUAUGGAGAUGAAAUAUCAAGACAGCAGUAUGUCAGAGCUAUCCAGCAUAAUCCACAGCAAGAACAAAAUAUAUUGCCUGCUAAUAAUCCAGCGAGAAAUGUAAAGUUUGAUGAAGAGUUCCCGGGGGAAGAACUGGUGACUGAAGUAUGUGAUCUUCCACAACAAAUAAAUGAUAUCCAGUAUUUUUUCAUAAACAUGCGGAGGAUUAUUCUUUACGUUUAUAAGGCAUCUUCUAGCACUUCUUCGAAUAUCCUGUCACCUUCAUCACGUCGUUUGGCAUUGGAUAGACCUAGUGCGCCUGAGAUGCAGAGCAUGACUCUCGACAUACUGCCUGUUAAAGAACCUCAUGGUUGUGUACUUCCAUCAAAUACCAAAAGCCAAAAUGAGAAUAAGCUUGUUUCUCGGGAGACCUGGACUGUGCAGCCUGAACUUCUGAGUCUCUCAGCUCCUUCUCUGAGCGGAACAACAGACACUAGACAUACGCAGAUAACCAACAACUCAAACAGAUUGUUGAAAUUCGAGCUCUCGUGGCCUGCUCAUUGUCUGACAAUAACGCCUCAGCAUGGAACUAUUGAGCCUGGAAGCUGUAUUUCAAUUCAUGUGAGCCCAAAUCCUUCACUCGCAGAAAACAAAUCUAUAUUUCCAUGGAGUGGUCUCAUUUACAUACAUUGUGAUAAUGAACAAAAGUUCAUUAGAGUACAGAUUCAUGAGAACACCUCUGAACAAUCUAGAAGGAAUCCAACAGUUGCUAAUUUGGGUUCCCGUCACCAUCACAAUGAGCUUCCUGUUAAUAUAAUAAAGCCGCUUCAAAAGCCACCUUCCACGCAGAUUGAGAUAAAGACUCGGACUCUGGUCUUUCCCGAGACAAAGUCUAGUGAAAACUCAGAGAAAUUCCUUGAGUUUGAAAAUAACGGGGAUGAAAAUGUUAAGUGGUUUUUGACAUCUUUUGCACCCCCUUAUGUCAAGCGUGGAGAUGAAAGUGGAGAGGUUUACAGGGCUCCGUACACAGCUUUCCAGUGUUCGUGUAGUUCUGGUACACUUGAAGCUCAUGGGAAAGAGAAAGUUGUAGUCACCUUUUUGCCAAGAGACAGAGGUAAUUAUUCUCAGUUCUGGGAUCUUGAGUGUCACCCUAUUCAUGAACCUCACCUGAAAGAUAAACACAAACUUCAGUUUUCUGGAGUGGGCACUGUAGAAAACGAAACUUUCAAGAAUGAAGCCUCCUCAUCUGCUUUAGUAAAAGUCAGUGUUCCAGUUACAUCCCAAAGAAGAGAUUAUCCUGAUAUAUCUGAUCCCAAAGCUGGGAAAGGAGUUUAUGCUGAAGAUGGUGUUCAUACAUUUCCUCCAACAAGGGUUGGUGAAUCAAGCAUGUUGAAAAUCCGCUUGCGAAAUUAUUCUAGCUCCUCAACUAUGCUGAAUUUUUUAAAACCCAGGGAGCCUUUUUACAUCAAGCAUUUCCAUUAUAACUUAAGAUGUCAUCACUACUGCAACUUACCAGUCUUCUUCAGGCCUGUGUCCACAGGCAUUUUCAAAAGCUUGUUAGUGGUACAGACAGAGAAAAAUAACACAAUCACCAUUCAGCUCAUUGGUGAGGGCUUGCCGCAACAGUAGCCAUUAGCUAUUAUUAACGCAUGCUAAAUU